AUGAAGGCCGUGGCGUCGGUCUGCAAAGCCACGUCGAGGUUCGCCACGAAGUGCAAGACCAGCCGUCGCCGGCGCGCCCAGUAUGAUAGCCUGCUAUUCGAGGGUGACAGUUUCAAAAACAGGGCAAUAUCCGAGAUCGAGUGUCGCAGAGACAAGUUGAAACCCUCAGCUUUCAACCAGUGGAAUACCGUUCUUGACGUGUUGAAUGCAGAAAGGAGAAAGCUGACUGAUUUUAGCUCGUAUAAGGCGGAUUUUGCAGCGGAGAAGAAGGCUUUAAGCGAUGCACAGAAGUACAGACUUGAUGCUGAGGAUUUCUACAACAGGUCUCAGAAUAUCGUGGCUACGGGCUCGCCUCAGUCUCCAUCCGUCCUGUUGUCUGGUCAUUCAACAGUGGAAAAUCCACAGCGAGAACUGGUUCUUCGAACCUUGCGUGCCGGCGUCCCAUCCGCCACGGAUCCUGGUACAGGCGCUUCUCCAGCUCUCAGUGACGAGCAGCAGCGUUCGAAGAGCGCACCGUCUCCCGCGUCCGCCGUUUCGUUCAACAAGAAGGAUACACAACCACGAUCAAUCAGUGCAUCAACUGGCGGCCAGCCCAGUCGCCGACCCACUUUAUUCACGGAGAACGCACUGGGCCUUAUUUUUUCUCGUCGUCGGGAUUCAAACGCACGCUCGCCAACAUCGUCUACUGACCGCUCAAUGAGUCUCCGAUCAGUGUUUAGCAGCAUCAUGAUGGCCGCUUUGCCUAGCCGCACGACUUUACCGGCCAGCAUAGCCGAGGAUACCAGCGACGCUGCGGUUGAACGGCCUGAGCAACAACCACUCUGGCCUGAUCGAUCCCAAUUUAUUGUCGAAGCCUCGUUCAGUCUUUUCACAGGAAUAGCUUCACAGUACGAUCAUACCAGCUGA